GUGAAAGUGAAUGCCAGCCAAAAAAUAAGGUGUGGUGUGAAAGCGAAGACAGAACCAAGUAAAUUAAAACAAAGAGCGAGAGAGAAAGAGAGAUCAGAAGAUUGCACGGAAGAGAGUGGAUAAGAUGUCUGGUGUGAUGGGAGAGGAAGAUCUGGUUCCCAGAGCGCGCAGCAGGCUGCCGGUGGUGUGUUCUGCUGGACUCGGGCUUCUCAUGCUGCUGGUUGCUUGGCUGCUGGACCCUGACAGGUUCAGUGAGAGAGCUGGAAUGAUCGCUUUUUGCAUCACAGUUGAAACAUUUAUUCACAGUAUGUGCUUGUUUGCAGAGGAGUGGCUCUUUCAUUCAAGGCAAAGGUAUCAUGGCAGAAUAAAUGAGAUAUUUCAGGCUUGCUUUAGAGGGCAUGUUGUAUUCGGAAUGUGUUCAAUAUUCCUGAUGCUAAUGCUGGGUGUAGUUUCAUUCUCUGGAGAACAGAGGAGCACCAUACCCCUCAUGUGUGCCGUUUACCUGUUACUCAAAAGCUUGGGGUUUCUGGGCCCUGCUCCGGUUGAGAUCUCAGAAAUCUGUGAAAUGAAGAAGAUGAAUGUGGCACAUGGUUUGGCCUGGUCUUUCUAUAUCGGCUACCUCAAAUUUGUCCUUCCAGAUUUACAGAACAAGGUGAGCCAGUACUCCUCCACCAAAGGGAAACUGAGCUCUCCACGUCUACAUAUCCUUCUGCCCCUCAACGCCAAGGUUCCAACCAAACCUGAAGAGGAGGACACUAAUGUGAUCUUCCACGAGAACCUCCCAGAACUGGAGCGGGACACAGCAGGGGUGCGGAAACGUAGCUACAAGAAUAGUGUCUACAAGAUCACCCAGGACAAAGAGACUUUUAGCUGUGUUCUGGAAUACGCCACACCACUGCUGACGCUGUAUCAGAUGUCCCAUGAGAGCAGUGCAGGGUUUGGAGAAAGAGAACGAAAACAGCAGGUCCUGUUGUUCUACAGAACACUCAGCCAAAUUCUGGAAGAUUCUCUAGAGUGCCGGAACCAUUACCGGCUCAUCCUGCUCGACGAUGAGCACACAGGUGACCCUCAUUACCUCUCCAGAGAAAUCAUCCAGCACCUCAAACAGCAGGACAGAGAGAUUCACAUGGAUCCCAUCCAAGAGCAAACGAAUGAAAUCCACCCUGUUCCAGAAGAGGGUCCGAUUAAGUAUUUUAAUGGUGUGCGUCAUGCCACUUAUCCAGAAGACCCAAUAAGCAAUGACCCCACCCUCAUGUUUAGCCAACCACAAUCCUUAAGAUCUGAACCAGUGGAGACCACUGAUUAUUUUAACCAACCUAUUAAUGCAAAGAGAUGAGACUGAAUCAUGCAGUGCUCUGCAUGAGUUCUUGGUUGCUUGUGUUCAGCCUUAGAAUUAUUUCAUAGGCCUUGAUACAAUAAUAAUAUUUAAGAAUCCAUGAAAUCAGCUGUUCAUUACCACCCUCAUUUUCUCUGUGUGUUCCCUCUCUGUCGUGUCUUGCUCUGUAAAUAUGAACAGUUUUAAUGACAAUUAUCUACCAGGACCCAAAUAAAAGCUCAUGACACAUUCA